CUGUACGAGUCUCCUACAGAAGCAUCACUGAUUCUCAUUUCAUCAUCUGCAACCAUGAACAUGCUGACUGUGUGUGCACUUGUUUGUACCGUAGUGGCUCUGGCUGGAUCUGCUGUUCUUCCAGAGACAAAGGCUGAAAGCAAUGAAAGAGCAAAGACUUACCUGAUCAAGAGGUCCCUCCGAUGUGGUCGUGGUUGGUUUGAGUUCAAUCGUCGUUGUUUCUACUACAUUCCGAAACCUAUGUCUUGGGCUCACGCUGAGAGAAACUGCAUAUCCCUGGGAGGUCACCUUGCAUCGGUUCACAACUUCAUGGAGUACCACGAGCUUCAGAGGCUCAUAUUGACUGUUAGUCAUGACUACAAAGAAACCUGGAUUGGUGGUUCUGAUGCACAGCAGGAGGGCCAUUGGAUUUGGAGUGAUGGCAGCACUUUCCACUAUACCAGCUGGUGUCCUGGAGAGCCCAAUAAUGCAGGAGGUCACCAGCACUGCUUGCAAGUGAAUCAUUCAGGUUCAAAGUGCUGGGAUGAUUUGAGUUGCCACAAUGAGUUGCCUUCUGUCUGUGCCAAGAACAUGUGAUGACUCCUGGACUCAGCAGUGACAUGGAAGGCAUGGCUUUGUGUCAUCAGCAUCAUAUAUCGGCUUUAAUCUCCUUUCUCCUUGAUGAUCGUACUAUUGCUGUAAUGCUACCUAAAGAAUUACGAGACAAGAAUCAGAAACAGAAGGUGGCUCAUGUCUUUAAUAAGAAGAGCCUGAAUGUUGUAUGAAAAGAAUGCUUUUAGCUUUGUUUCCUGGAGAGUGAAAUUAUUUUGCUUGUGUGCAGAAAUAAAAGAUGAAUGCAUUGAAA